GUUUGAUACAGAAUUAAUUACAAUGUUCUCACAUGACACAUGGGAAAUGCAAUAAUCCUACCCAAUAUUAUGCUGUACAUACGUAGAAAUGUAUUUUUAUUAUAUUUAUUAAUUUAAGCCCACCACUCUCCGCGCACUCUUCUUUUAUUUAUUUAUCAAUUAUUACGCUUGUUCCAUUUGAAUUUUAAACUCUUUAUUACCGCUUAUCUCUCUCAUUCUUUGGUUCUCUGGUAGAUUCCUGCGACUUCUGGUGGAUUUGUCAUCUAAAGGGGGAACAAUGGCAGAGCCAAAACCACAUACCCCUUUGCUCCAACCAUCUUCAAUCCGUAACCUCCCAGACUUUAAGAAAUCUAUCAAACUGAAAUAUGUGAAGCUUGGCUACCAUUACCUUAUUACUCAUGGAAUGUACCUCUUCCUUUCCCCUCUUGUGGUGGUAAUUGCCGCUCAGAUGUCCACUUUUUCUCUACAAGAUCUUUAUGAUAUCUGGGAGAAUCUUCAAUUUAACCUGAUUUCAGUGAUUAUCUGCUCGACCCUGCUAGUUUUUCUUUGCACCCUUUAUUUUGUUACCCGGCCUCGGCCUGUUUAUCUUGUCAACUUCUCCUGCUACAAGCCGGAUGAAUCCAGGAAAUGCACAAAGAAGAUUUUCAUGGAUCACUCUCGGUUGGCCGGUACAUUCACAGAUCAGAGUUUGGAUUUCCAGCGUAAGAUCCUUGAGAGAUCAGGUCUUGGGGAUUCGACUUACCUUCCUGAGGCUGUGCUCAAUAUUCCUCCAAACCCCUCAAUGGAAGAAGCUAGGAAAGAAGCUGAAGCUGUGAUGUUUGGUGCAAUUGAUGAGCUGUUUGCUAAGACUGCUGUGAAACCUAAAGAUAUCGGAAUCUUGGUGGUGAAUUGCAGUCUGUUUAAUCCAACUCCAUCUCUUUCAGCAAUGGUUGUCAACCACUACAAGCUUAGAGGGAAUAUAACUAGCUAUAAUUUAGGUGGGAUGGGUUGCAGUGCAGGUCUUCUCUCCAUUGAUCUUGCUAAAGAUCUUCUUCAGGUCCAUCCUAACUCUUAUGCUUUGGUUAUCAGCAUGGAGAACAUUACAUUGAACUGGUACUUUGGUAAUGAUCGAUCAAAGCUUGUUUCGAAUUGCUUAUUUCGGAUGGGAGGUGCAGCUAUACUGCUUUCUAACAAAAGGUCUGACAGAAGAAGAUCAAAAUACCAGUUGGUACAUACUGUCCGCACCCACAAGGGUGCUGAUGACAAGUGCUUUGCUUGUGUUACCCAAGAAGAAGACUCCAAUGGGAAGGUUGGUGUUUCUUUAUCAAAGGAUCUCAUGGCAGUGGCAGGUGAUGCUUUGAAGACCAACAUCACCACAUUAGGACCUAUUGUUUUGCCAAUGUCCGAGCAGCUACUUUUCUUUGCUACUUUAGUUGGGAGGAAGCUUCUCAAGAUGAAGAUCAAACCUUAUAUCCCAGAUUUUAAACUAGCUUUUGAGCACUUCUGUAUUCAUGCUGGAGGAAGAGCUGUUUUGGACGAAUUAGAGAAGAACUUGCAGCUAUCUGAUUGGCAUAUGGAACCAUCAAGGAUGACGUUGUACCGAUUCGGAAACACUUCAAGCAGCUCUCUUUGGUAUGAAUUGGCUUACACUGAAGCCAAGGGAAGGAUCAAGAGAGGAGAUAGAACAUGGCAAAUAGCUUUUGGAUCAGGAUUCAAGUGUAACAGUGCUGUAUGGAAGGCUUUAAGGACAAUAAAUCCAGCAAAGGAAAAGAGCCCAUGGAUGGAUGAAAUUCAUCAGUUCCCAGUAGAAGUUCCAAGGGUUUCAAUUAUAUAAACUUCAGCAGAAAUUGUUACAUAAUUGGUGGCAUUCGCCUUCUAUUUAGACGAUAUAAACUAUCAUUUUUUAUUUGAGAUGUUGAAAGGUUCUAAUUGAUUUUCUUAGUAGUGAUGGUGGUCUGAUGAGAGAGCAGGAUGCUGUAUUUUUUAUUCAUUUGGGUUGUGGGAAUUGGUCUUGGGCUUUCACCAUUAGGUCUACGGAGACCGUGUGUUUUUUUUUUGGCAGUGUAGUCUAGGGGACAACAUUUGUGCAAUUUAAUUAGAACCAUUAACGAUUAAUUAUGUAUGACGGGAUUGGAAAGAUCCAACUGACCAAGUAUUUUAUAUAACAAAAGUUUCCAAUC